CAGCGAAAACAGAGCCCCCAAAAAUCUCUCUCCGAAAGAUCUGAGUUUUGCUCUGUCUCUCGCUCUCUGCGAAACGAUCAAUGGCGGCUUCCUUGGUUGCUAAUGGUAAUAUAGCCGCCGUUAAGCCUUCGGUGACUGGUCGGUUCGCUUCGGUUUACAGUGAAGUACAGAACAGCCGGCUCGAUCAUGCUCUUCCUCUUCCUUCAGUCCUCAAAAACCCCUUCAAGGUCGUCGACGGUCCUGCCAGCUCCGCCGCCGGCCAUCCAGAGGAGAUCGAGAAGCUGUUCCCUUGUCUGUUUGGGCAACCAUCGGCAAUGUUGGUACCUGGUGAUUCAGGUGAAUUUAAGUCAGGUCCGAGCUUGAAGAUAGGAGUGGUGUUAUCUGGAGGACAAGCUCCUGGCGGACACAAUGUCAUUUCUGGAAUUUUUGAUUAUUUGCAGGACCAUUGUAAAGGAAGCACACUGUAUGGUUUUAGGGGUGGACCAGCUGGGAUAAUGAAGUGCAAAUAUGUUAUAUUGACCUCAGAGUAUGUUUAUCCAUACAGAAAUCAGGGUGGAUUUGAUAUGAUUUGCAGCGGGAGGGACAAGAUUGAGACUCCAGAGCAGUUUAAGCAAGCUGAAGAAACGGCAUUGAAGCUUGAUUUGGAUGGGCUGGUUGUAAUUGGUGGAGAUGACUCUAACACAAAUGCUUGCCUCCUUGCAGAAAACUUCAGAAGUAAAAAUUUGAAAACCCGAGUGUUGGGAUGCCCAAAGACCAUUGAUGGUGACUUGAAAAGCAAAGAGGUUCCCAUAAGUUUCGGAUUUGAUACGGCAUGCAAGAUCUAUGCGGAAAUGAUUGGAAAUGUCAUGAUAGAUGCUCGCUCAACUGGAAAAUAUUAUCAUUUUGUACGGCUCAUGGGACGUGCUGCUUCACACAUUACACUAGAGUGUGCUUUACAAACUCAUCCAAACAUCACUCUUAUUGGAGAGGAGGUUGCUGCCAAGAAGCAGACUCUGAAAAAUGUUACAGACUACAUUGCUGAUGUGAUCUGUAAACGUGCAGAACUUGGUUAUAACUAUGGGGUAAUACUCAUUCCAGAAGGCCUUAUUGAUUUCAUUCCUGAGGUGCAGCAGCUCAUUGCAGAGCUGAAUGAAAUUCUGGCCCAUGACACAGUAGAUGAAGCUGGCCUUUGGAAAAAGAAACUUACACCCCCAUCUCUGCAGCUUUUUGAUUUGUUACCUCCAGCAAUUCAGGAACAGUUGCUGCUUGAAAGAGAUCCUCAUGGAAAUGUUCAGGUUGCCAAAAUAGAGACAGAGAAAAUGCUUAUUCAAAUGGCUGAAACUGAGUUGGAGCAGAGGAAGCAGGGAGGUGCAUACAAAGCCCAAUUUAAAGGACAAUCCCACUUUUUUGGGUAUGAAGGAAGGUGUGGUUUGCCAUCCAACUUUGAUGCUACAUACUGCUAUGCAUUAGGUUAUGGUGCCGGAGCUCUUCUUCUUAGUGGGAAAACGGGAUUGAUAUCAUCGGUGGGAAAUUUGGCUGCUUCAGUGGGAGAAUGGACUGUCGGUGGAACUGCAUUGACUUCAUUGAUGGAUGUUGAGAGGAGACACGGUAAGUUCAAGCCAGUGAUUAAGAAGGCAAUGGUAGAGCUUGAUGGUGCACCAUUCAAAAAAUUUGCAUCCAUGCGGGAAGAGUGGGCCCUUAAGAACCGAUAUUUCUGUCCUGGUCCAAUCCAAUUUGUUGGCCCGGUAUCUGAUCAACUUAGUCACACCUUAUUGUUGGAGCUUGGAGCUCAAGCAUGAGUGCUUGACCUGGGAAAAUGCAAGUUGUCAUAUUUCUGCCUCUCUUUAUCUCUCAAUAAUGUUCUCGAUUUUUGCCUUUUUUGCCUGCGGAUGCUUUCGAAUUAGAUGUUAACCUUAUCAGUGGUGGCUCCUUUAUUGGACUAAGAUUCAUCGUCCGGAUAAUUGAAGCUCCAUCUCCUCAAUUUCUUUGUCGCCAUGUUUUUAUUUUAUUUUCACUAUUGGCUUGGAUCAGUACUUAUCUUUUAGUUGUGGUUGAGACAAAUGAUAAUGACUUUUUGUUUUGUUUUUAUGUUUUUGUUCUUUUUUUUUUCAUUCCAAAACCUAUGAAUAUCAGAGAGACACCCGUGGAUUAUUAAGAUUAUAUAAGAUAAGGAUCUACCAG